CCCUUUGUGGGCUGAGCCUCAGUCUCCCUAGCUCCCUGCUGACUCUGCAUGUGCUGAGCCUUAGUCUUCCUGGUUUUGUCUCCCCUGGUUCCUGUUGACUUUGCAUUUGUGGGUCCUGGUUUCCUCUCUGUGAGAGUGAGGCUAAUUCUCUGUAGGGCCUGUGCCCCUUUUGCUUCAUAGCUCACUUGCCAGGGACCCUUCCCCUCUUGUGCUUCCUGUGCCCUCUGCCCUCUGCCCUCUGCCCAUGGUGCAGAAUUAGGAUUUGGUAUAGGCCUGAAUCCAGGCCUUCUCCUGUAUGGAAAAAGAUCCAGACACACCAUGCAGCACCGAGAUUGGCCUGGGGUCCUGCGCAGUGUGGCUCUUGCCCAUGCUUUUGAGGGGCUAGCCUGCUCUCAUGGAAGGAAUAGUCCUUGCCCCAUUGUAAGGAGAAGUAAGAAGGAAAUGACUGGCUGCUUUGUGGCUGUCCCAGUUCAAGCCAGUUUCCCAAAGGCUAAGUGGGUUUUUCAAGACUUCUUGGCCAGGAUGUGUCACUAAGUUCUGCCCCACAGGGUCUGUUUGGGAGGGGUGGGACAUCACCUGCUGUCCUGAGCUUAAUUUCCCAUCUUGUGGCUUACAAGAUGGCUGGCAGGACUUGAGUUUUCCUCUCCAUGUUCUCAGAUCUUAGAAGUCACACCUUAUCUUGGGUGUCUUGUGGAGGAGUGGGAGGGAGAUGGGAUGGUGCAGGAUGAAAGUUUUGCAGAGCAUCCUUCUCAUGCUCUGCAAAAAGGCUGCCUGGCUGCAUUGGGUGCUAUUUGGGCAGGGUUCCAGCGGAGAGCAUUCUGGAAUGCAUGAGCUUGCAUCCCAAGUUUUUAUUGCAGUACUGUGAGCUUUCCCAUUUCUCCCCGGGCUGCUAAGGUUCAGGAUUGUGAGAUAGUCAAGGAGUGGAGAACACAGAAUGCCCUCAGUUGGUCCUGCAGGCACUAGGGCCAAAGUCAGUCUCCGAGUACUUGAUUGUUGAGGCCUCGAGGCCAAAGUGCCAUCCCACUCCAGGUGUGCUGUGAAAGGUGGCUUCAGUGAGUGCUCUGUUGUGUGGUGACUGGACAGAGCCCUGUCUCCCACAACUCCCUAGGCACUUCUGUAGGGCCAGUCCAUUCCUAUGUGGCCCUUGUGCUCUGGGAGCCAGCCUCCAGGCAGGACUCAGCUCUGUGGGCAGCACAGGGUAAGACUUGGCACACAUACCCUUAAGCCAGGCUGAGCAGGCUGGACCUCUCUGUCAUGCGUGUGCAGAGUGGGGCAGGUGAUGGUUGCACUUGGGGGCCUGGAGCUUGAGUUUGAUGUUGGGGGAGGCUCAUCAUGAGGACACCCUGUGUGGAGGGGCUGGGGGGCAAUGAUUCAUAGUCUGGCAGGGAGUGAGCUUUACAGCUGCUAGCUAAUCCUGUGCAGGUGCACCCCCUGUUCACCACUGGCCCGGUGCAGGCAGGUAGUGGGCCUGGGGGGGGAAGCUCCCCCUGGGCUGGGGAUGUGGCUUGGUGGGACAGGCUCCCCUGCCCCAAUCCCAGCACAGUGUGGAGGGCCCAGGAUAGAAACCAGCAUUUGGAUGUAAGGUGACAAGCAGGAUCUGUGCCACAUGCCCUGUGAGGGUGUCAGCUCUUGGACUUGGUGUGUGGUGUUUGGUCCUGACUAAAGACUAAUCUCUACAGGGUGACCUACUCCAGGUGUCAGAGCUCAGGGCCAGGAGGUGUGGCCUGAUGGGAAGGCAUGUUGGAGAAGGAGCACUGGGUCCUGCUGGGCAGGUUACAGUUGGAGGUUGGGGAUGCCCACUUAUGGCAGGUGCAUGACAGACAGCAGAACAUCCCUGAGGGGCUUCUGUGCAAGCAGGCAGAUGAGCCACUCUCGCUUCUCAGCACCUCCAGCACCUUGGAGCGCACCUCCUAAUAUCCCUGGCAAGCCAGUAGCAGAGCCUUUGGGUCCUCCCCUCCCUGGAGGUGGAUACCCCAAGAUGGGUGCUGGGCCUGAGUACCCUCUGGGUUGAGGGUUUGCCACCAUGAUCAAGGAUUGGGCAGGCCUUCUGGGCCAUCGGUGUGGCCAUCAUACUUUGUGUCUUCUUAGGGCUGCUCCUGCUGUGGAAGAACUCACGUGCCUGUGGUUCCUAACACUCCAUCAGGUCCAGGAGAAAGAGGCCAGUGCGUGGCCACAGCUGCCCAGCCGGAGAGGCAGAGACUCAGUACUGACCAGAGGCUAGGCAGUGGCGGGACUGGACCCUAGCCUCCUCAGCCUCUCUUGGGACCUGGUGGCCCCCAGCCUCUCCUCUGCCCUGAUGGGUCCCUCCCUCUGCUGCCUUUCCCGGUCACUUAGUGCCUAGGAAAUGAGGACACACCCAGAGGAGUAGGCUGGACUGCCUCUGCGACAUUCUUUCUGCAGAGGAUGGGGCUUUGUGAAGGGUGCCAAUGAGGGAGAGGCAGGACCUCUUGUGUCCAGGCGUCUGGGGAGGGAUGGAGUUGCGCUCUGCUAGUGGGCAGUUGCCUUGGGCUUUCAGCCAUGUGUAUGUGUGUGCAUGUGUAUAUAGAAUGUGGGUGUAUAUGUGGCACAUGUAUUUGGGUGGGAAAGCUGGGAUGCCAGAGAGGAGUUGAGAGUCCACUGGGAUGACCUCUACAUAGAAACAAGGCAUUUUUGUAUGGAAACUCACGGAAGUCCCAGGAGCUAAGAGCUGGUCACUCAGAGAUGACAUUUGAGUGUUGAUGGGUUCCUGUGGGUCCCUCCUCCUUUGUGUUUCCCAGCUUCUUCUAUAGGGAGCACGUGGGUGGUGUGAUAGGCCCAGAAUAGCAGUGCUUUAGUGAGAUUACCCAGUUAGCCUACAUUGGGGAUUAGGAAAGCAGUGUCCGCUAGGGGCCCUGUUGGAGAUAGGCAGCAGGGCGUCCCUGAACCAAGCAGCCUGUCCCUCCUGGUCCUCAUUGCCAGUGUGCUGGCCACUGAACUGCACCUUGAGGGCCUCCACACCUUACCAAGGGGUCCCCAGAUGGCGGACAGAGCCAGGCUUGCAUAGGGAGCUGCUCGAACUCCCCCCACCCAUCGGGGGUUUCCCUCGGAGGCCUGCACCUGGACCUGACCUUCCUGCCAUCAGGAAGGUGGCUGGGCACACAGGCUGCUUCUGAGGGGCCAGGGACAGCCCUCUCUUCCCCAAGGCCCCACGUGGGCAGGACCGACUGCCCUGGGAGGAGCUUAGUGCUUAGAGGCCUGAGCAGGCUGGGAUUACGGCUGCCUCCCAGCUCAUCCUGAAUAGCCCCAGCUGACUAAGGCGGCUGAACCCCACCCAGGAGGGAUGUCAGGACCGAGGCCCGUUGUCCUGAGUGGACCUUCUGGAGCUGGGAAGAGCACCCUGCUCAAGAGACUUCUGCAAGAGCAUGGCAGCGUCUUCGGGUUCAGCGUGUCCCAUACCACGAGGAACCCGAGGCCUGGAGAAGAGAAUGGCAAAGAUUACUACUUUGUGUCCAGGGAGGUGAUGCAGCGGGACAUUGCCGCCGGGGACUUCAUUGAGCAUGCUGAGUUUUCGGGGAACCUUUAUGGGACUAGCAAAGCUGCUGUGCGAGUGGUACAGGCCAUGAACCGAAUCUGUGUGCUGGAUGUGGACCUCCAGGGUGUUCGGAACAUAAAGAAGACGGACCUGAAGCCCAUCUACAUCUUUGUGCAGCCACCCUCACUGGAAGUCCUGGAGCAGAGGUUGCGGCAACGGAACACGGAGACAGAAGAGAGCCUGGCCAAGCGGCUGGCUGCUGCCCGGGCAGACAUGGAAAGCAGAAAUCAAGAAGGCCCAAGGGACUGGCUGCUCUUGAGGAUGACAACAGCUAUGUCCUCCCUGGACAGGACCCUGCACGCACUCUGGUGGCCAGGGUGUCCCUGGCAAGAUGACUCAGCCUGCCUCUCUCGCCUUGCUCCCCAUGCCUGUUUCUGGAUACCCCUGAUCAGUCCCACUCUCCUGGGAGUUGGGCUGGUGUCCUAAUAAAGAGCUGCUAGUGAGGGUGGCCUUGAGCCCGUG